AUGAGCCAGGAGAAAGAGCGGAAGCGCCGUAAACUCUAUUUAGUCGAUUCGGACGCGCCCUUUGUUGUUCCAAGCUCCACGCUAUGGUACAACAAGCAGCGGCCCAUCACGCCGAGCACCUCGGCGGCACAGCCUUUGACUGACGCCCUACCCGACGACGCUGCAGACACCGCAGAUACUGCCAACUGCGAUGAAAAUCGCCAGCGAGGGAUCGGCGUAGCUGCUUCCAACGCUGAUACUGACGACAGUGCCCUGGCAUACUUAAGCGACGCACAGCCGCCAAGAACCACAAGUGAAGCUGGCAUCACCAGUGACGACUUAUUCGACGAUGAGCAGACGGAAUUUGUGGAUGCCGUGAGCGAGAGUGGCUGCAGCGGUGAAGACAGUGACCAUACCGACGAAGAACGAAGACUCCGCCAAAUGGGUCUUAUGAAAUGGAGUGACUUAACAUUAACUGUGAAUACAGAUGGGAGCCCAUUGUACAAGUCCUCCAAUGCCUCCAUUUGGCCCAUUCAAUUGUCGAUCAACGAGCUUCCGCAGCCCCAUCGAAAUGCAAAUACCUUCCUCGCCGGCUUGUGGUUUGGGCGGAAACACCCUGAUAUGGCUCUUUUUAUUGGGAAGUUUGUGAAAGCCUUACAGAUGGUUGGGGAGAUUGUGUGGCAGCAUGGUGCUGUGGACCUGAUCUCCAGAGUAUACCUAGCUUGUGUCUGCGUUGAUGCCCCUGCCAGAGCAGCUGUUGGAAACCAGACACAGUUCAAUGGCUGCUUUGGUUGCCCAUGGUGCCUAGCAUGUGGAACACUGCAAGAAGGACGUCGUCUCUACAUCAACUCGGAGCCGCCUGCACCAGAGAGGACAGCAGCAGGCAUACGCAGGGACAUGAAACUUGCCAUGGAGCUGCAGACUCCAGUCAAUGGACUGAAAGGGCCAUCAGCUUUCUGGCCUUUGCAGUACCUGGACCUUGUCGAGUGCUACACUGUGGAGUACAUGCAUUGUGUGUUACUUGGGGUGACCAGGCAGUUCACGGAGUAUUGGUUCGAUUCCUCUCACUGCCAUGAAAAGUUCUACAUAGGACGACCAAGCACCCUGAAUUUCCUGAACCGGCGCCUGAAGGGCAUUCAACCGCCACAUCAUAUUACACGCCUGCCUCGCUCAAUCCAGGAAAGGCACUUUUGGAAGGCCCAUGAGUGGCGAAAUUGGCUUCUGUACUACUGCCUACCGUGCUGCCAAAAUACUCUGCUAUCACCCUACAUGAAGCACUUCGCAAUUCUUUCCGAGGCCAUUUUUCUGCUCCUUCAAGAGCAACUCUCACCUCCGGCCAUUGCCCAAGCAGCACGGGCUGCCCGCAACUUUGGCCCACUGUGGGCUCAUUCAGCAUUUGGGUUUGAGAGUGGCAAUGGCCAGUUUGUCAAGUUAGGAGUUGAAGCUGUUGCUUUGUUCAACAGCAAUACCGUUGACAACUAA